CCCGGGGUGGACGCCGGAGACUCGUCUGGCGUGUGGCGGAAGAGGACGUGCGCGAGGCGCUGGGGCCUCGGCCAUGGCUCACAGGCCGAAGAGGACUUUCCGGCAGCGCCGAGCCCACUCUAGUGACAGCGACGGCGCCGAAGAGCCGUCUUCUGAACCCGGGGCGCCGGAGGAGCAGGCGGCCCCGGGCCUUAGGGAGGAAGGGCCGCCCUCUGGAGGGGGUCGCGUGGAGGUGGCGGCCGGGCGUGCUCGGGGCCGGGGCCCUCGGGGCCGGGGCCGGGGCCGGGUGUGGGCAAGUUCCCGGCGCGCCGCGGGAGCGGCUCCGCGCGCUGAAGGCGGCUCGCGCGUCCCAGAAUCCAGAGUGGUUGAUCUUUCAACAGAUGAAGAGCGUGAAACACCUCAUUCCUCAGAAAGUAAGGAUGAUCAGGGUUCAUCAUCCAACAACUCUAGCUCUUUGGAAGAAGAAUUUUCAUCAAUAGUAAAUAUCCCUGAUUCAGCUUUUAUUCAGGCAGCCCGCAGAAAACGUGAGUUGGCCAGGGCCCAAGAUGACUAUAUUUCUUUGGAUGUAAAACAUACCUCUGCCAUCACUGGGAUGAAGAAAAACAGUGAUGAAGAUUCUGAGAGUGAGCCUGAUGACCAUGAAAAGAGAAUACCAUUUACCCCAAAGCCUCAAAACCUUAAACAAAGAAUGGCUGAAGAAACAACACCCAGAAAUGAAGAAACAAGUGAAGAAAGUCAGGAAGAUGAAAAUCAAGAUAUUUGGGAACAGCAGCAAAUGAGGAAAGCAGUUAAAAUCACAGAGGGACCAGGCCUAGAUCUUUCCUACAGCAGUGAACUUCAAACAGUAAAGAAGUUUGAUACUUCGAUUUCAUUACCACCAGUAAAUUUAGAAAUUAUAAAGAAGCAAUUAAAUACUAGAUUAACAUUGCUACAGGAUACUCACCGCUCACACCUGAGGGAAUAUGAAAAAUAUAUACAAGAUGUCAAGAGUUCAAAGAGUACCAUCCAGAACCUAGAGAAGUCAUCAAAUCAAGCUCUAAAUUUUAAAUUCUAUAAAAGCAUGAAAAUUUAUGUGGAAAAUUUAAUUGACUGUCUUAAUGAAAAGAUUAUCAGCAUCCAAGAAAUAGAAUCAUCCAUGCAUGCACUCCUUUUAAAACAAGCCAUGACCUUUGUGAAACGCAGGCAAGAUGAAUUAAAACAUGAAUCAGCGUAUUUACAGCAGUUAUCACGCAGAGCUGAGACAUCAACAAAUGAAAGCUUGGCUGUAGAUGAAAAAACUCAAUGGAUUUUAGAAGAGAUUGAAUCUCGAAGGUCACGAAGAAGACAAGCUAGGGCACUUUCUGGGAAUUGUGAUCAUCAGGAAGGGACAUCUAGUGAUGAUGAACUGUCUUCAGCAGACAUGAAUGAUUUCCAAAAAACCCAAGGUGACAUUUCACAGAAUCAUAAGAAGAUUUUUGAAGAUGUACAUGAUGAUUUUUGUAAUAUCCAGCAUAUUUUGUUGAAAUUUCAACAAUGGCGAGAAAAGUAUCCUGAUUCUUAUUAUGAAGCUUUCAUUAGUUUGUGGAUACCGAAGCUUUUAAAUCCCCUAAUCCGAGUUCAGUUGAUUGAUUGGAAUCCUCUUAAGUUUGAUGCCAUAGGUUUAAAACAGAUGCCGUGGUUCACAUCUAUAGAAGAAUUUAUGGCUAGCAGUAUGGAAGAUUCAAAGAAGGAAGAUAGUUCUGAUAAAAUCUUGUCUACUGUCAUCAACAAAACACUUAUUCCUCGACUUACAGACUUUGUAGAAUUCAUUUGGGAUCCCUUGUCGACCUCACAGACUACAAGUUUAAUAACACACUGCAGAGUGAUUCUUGAAGAACUUUCCACUUGUGCAAACGAAGUUAGUAAAGGCAAACAGGAUUUACUUAAAUCCGUUGUUGUGAGAAUGAAGAAAGCAAUAGAAGAUGAUGUUUUUAUUCCUCUGUAUCCAAAGAGGACUGUAGAAAACAAAACAUCACCACAUUCCAAGUUCCAAGAAAGGCAGUUCUGGUCAGGUGUAAAGCUCUUCCACAAUAUUCUUCUUUGGAAUGGACUCCUCCCAGAUGACACCUUGCAAGAACUAGGACUAGGGAAGCUGCUAAAUCGUUACCUUAUUAUAGCUCUUCUUAAUGCCAUACCUGGGCCAGAUGUUGUUAAAAAGUGCGACCAGAUAGCCGCAUAUUUACCAGAAAAAUGGUUCCAAAACUCUGCCAUGAGAACGUCUAUUCCCCAGCUAGAAAACUUCAUCCAGUUUUUGUUGCAGUGUGCACAUAAAUUAUCUAGAAGUGAAUUCAGGGAUGAAGUCAAAGAAAUAAUUCCUAUUCUGGUGAAAAUAAAAGCUUUGAAUCAAGCAGAAUCCUUCAUAGAAGAGUAUCACCUAGACCAUCUGAAAUCAGUAAUUAAAGAAGUUUGAACAAACUAUAGGAAAGUACUAACAUGAGAUUUUAAUAUAGUGACACUUGCCUCCUUUGCUUGGGGGCCGGGUGGAGCAGGACUCCAUCCCUCCAUUCCCUUCUUACCUUCUGGUAUCAUGAAGGCUGCCCCCCUGUGGUGGUUGCAGCAGUUAAGCACACGGGAGCACUAAGAGUUUAAUUUACUCCCUUUGAUUCUUUUCACGUUUCCAGUUGGAGAGAGAAAUUGGAGAAAUCUUGCUGUUUGGGCUUUGGUAAAUCUGAACUGCACCAUAAAAAUAUCUGUUCUUUUCAUUUUAACUAUCUGUUUACAAAUAAGUUAAAGUGGAAAUCUUAAUUGGAAUGAAUUAUUUGCUAAGUAUUAACUGAGUAAAAGCAUUUUAAGACUUUUGAUAACUACUGAUUGUCAAAUUGUCCUUCAGAAAUCUGUACCAGGGACACCUGGGUGGCUCAGUCAGUUAAGCCUCUUCCUUCGGCUCAGGUCAUGAUCCCAGGGUCCUGGGAUCGAGCCCCACCUCGGGCUCCCUGCUCAGCGGGGAGCCUGUUUCUCCCUCUCCCUCUCCCAGCCGCUCCCCCUCCUUGUGCUCUGACAAAA